CGCCGGGCUUCACAGUUAUUAGUCAAGAUCGGCCUCAUCGGUGGAUACGAAAGUGUCGACGCAAAACAUUAGAACCAAUAGAACAUCUCACGAAAGGUCUUCGAACACGACGCAGAGCACUCUACAAAACUAUAUAAAGUCUAGCAGGCGUCCCGUCGUUGCUGCGAGUCUAUAGUCACGAAGGUGCGCGGCAUGGUUACGACGGAAGCUGAGUGAAACUACAUUAGAACGGCGUCUUCAUCCACCAUUGACACCCGUUAGUGCAGCUGCUGUUACGACGGAAGCUGAGUAAAACGACAUUAGAACGACAUCUUCACCCACCAUUGACACCAGUUAGUGCAGUAACCCUACGGUGUAGCACAACGACUGGCCGCCAGCCGAGAAGAUGGGGCGUGCGCUCGCACUGCUGCUCGUGGUAACGGCUGUGGCGUGCGUGGUUACCGUACACGGAUGCGGUUUCUCCGGACCGGAUACGCUCAACCCUCUCUCCAUGAUGGACAACGAAUCGACACUGCUCGUCGUCUUUCGCGGAGCGGAGCGACUCAACUUCAACAGCUACGACUACAACUACGACGGCCUCGUGUCGCGAGACGAGAUGUUCUACGAGCUGGGCAUUCCCGAAAUCCGAAAUCCGACCGGCCGGAUCCGCCUGCUGCGGCUCACGAACGAACAAUUCAUCCAGGCCGACCGCAACGGCGACAACUUGCUGACCUGCGUGGAGUUCCGCGCUGCCCCGCUGUGGUCACUGCAACACCAGACGAACAUAACGUGCGACAUGUCUGACUACUAUGUGUUCCUACAGAGCAGUGUCAGUGCGAGACUGUUCGAGUUCGAUUUCUACGACGCCGACCAUAACGGCGAGUUAUCGCAGAGCGAGGUCAUUCGGCGGACGAGAAUGGAGAGGAUGAUAGACAAACUGAACGUCCGGCGAGCGUUUAUGAACGCCGACACAGAUCAUAACGAUGCGGUGAGUACGAAUGAAUUCACGAACGCCGAAUUCUGGAGACACUGGAACGACCGCCAUUUUAGGCUCGUUCGCGAAAUACACGACGCACUGCACAAGUUCACAUCCUACGAUUUGAAUGGAGACGGCUACAUCACCGAGGACGAAGUCACGGACACCCUCUCCGUCGACACUGAGGAAUUCCUGUGGGCGUUUCUCACCGCAGACACAAGCGGUGACCACCUUGUUACAUGUGCCGAGUUCAAAAAUGCCAUCUUCUGGCCAGAAGACAUCAAACACAACAUUUCAUGUCCAUCAUAAUGACAUCCAGAGACAGUUCUAAUCACAUUCUCAGGAACUUUUACUUUCAUCCGUUUAUACAUAGAAAGCAGUGUUAUAUCCUACGCAGGUAUAACAUACCACAUUCGCUUAUGAGAGGCAAGACAUUUUUGUAAGUACAUGCGCGAAAGAAAAAGUGGAACAUAAAAGGAGACUAGAAUUCAAUAGUGGUUGUAAGUAUGCCACCUACUGGCAAGGAAGUGUUAACAAUUAAAGUAAAGUUGUGUUGUGUAGCUAAAAUUAAGCGGUCAAGUCCUAAUGAUGUAUUGUAAAUUUAAAAUACUAUUGCUGUAGAUAUUAGCUGAUAGAUACAACAUUGCACGUGAGAAUACAGGCAGUUUUGUUACUUGAAUGUGUAAUUUACCAUAUAGCAAUUGUACAAUAGGUUAUAACCUAUGGCCAGUUAUUCAAGAACUGAUUAUAACUACUGAAUGUCUGUAUACAUAAUAUACUUGUCUGUAUAAGCAGAAAAAUAGCCAGCCAAACAGAAAAAUUGUGUGUAAAUGAUUAUUUUAAAAACAAACAUAUUAAGUUUGGGAUAAUGGCAAAUUAUCCACAUUUCGAUUCUGGAAUUUAGUCAUAAAUAUAUAGAUUAAGUUGGGAAUGAUUAAUCAUUAUUUAACAGAACUAUACUCGUUUUUAUCUAUAUUAAAACUACUAGUCUGAAUUGGAAAAAUGAAUUCUCACUGGCAGUGCCAGAAUAUGACAAUGUGUCAGAGAAACUAAAAAUACAGCUGACAGUUGAAAAAGUGAUAUCAUGUUGUGAGUGAUCUUUUGACAUCCAAAUUCAUAUGUGCAAACUUUUCAGUAUUACAUCUGAUCGCACUUGGGCCGUUUCAAUAAUAAAAUGACUGUAAAUAAACACAAAUUGUAUUUAC